ACUGGCAUUCUGGUAGAACGCAAAGUGUUGCAUGGCAUGACAGAUGAUGGGAGGGGUGAUAUCGUCCACGAUUGGUCCGCCUUUCGGGACGACAACGGCGAAAUAUUUUAUCACAACAGCAAAACAGACGAAACCUCUUGGGAUCCCCCUCCAGAUAAUGCGCCUUUCAAUCCGGUUGAAACCAAGGAAGGAGAAGAUAAAGAGGAUAAGAACAAAGAGGAAGAGGAAAAAACAACAGCAACGGCGAGGGACUGGGUCGAAUACAUGGACGAUGAGAAAGGCGAGCCUUAUUAUUUUAAUACCGUGACGCAAGAGACGGUAUUGGAACGACCUCCGGGGUUCAGCAGUGGCGAAGAAAAGAAUCAAGAAAAGCCGGAACUGAAAAUUGAAGCAGAGGAAGCAGUUCCUGCCGAGGAAAAUAAAGCAUCGGUGCCAGCGACAGGAGAUUGGGCUGAAUUUCAAGACGACGAGGGGCGAACUUACUAUUACAACGAAAAGACUGAAGAAACAUCAUGGGAUCGACCAGCAGGAUUCAAGGAACCAAAAGGAGAAAAAGAUGUUGAUGGCAACCAAAAUUUGAUAUCGCCAGGGUAUUCUCAGAGUCCCGCGCUUUCAAAAAGUGACGAAGAUGAAAAGAAAACCACGAAAGGGGACUGGGUUGCAACUCAAGACGAGGAGGGACGAACUUAUUAUUACAACGAAAAGACAGACGAAACGUCAUGGGAUCGACCUGAGAAUUUUAAAGAAACAGAUUCGAAGAAAUGCAGCGACAAAACCAAUGCAAAUGGGACGUCACCGAUGCGGAACGUUCCCGGAAACGAGGAGGAUGGUACAGAUGAAGAGAACAAAACUGCAGAGGACUGGAGCGAAGUCCAAGAUGAUGAGGGACGAACUUACUACUACAAUGAUAAGACAGAAGAAACAUCGUGGGAUCGACCAGCUGAAUUUCGAGUCAAUGCCAAAAACGGAAAUGACCAAGCACGAGGAGAACACGAGAAGGAAGGCGAGGUGGCAGAAAAGAAGGAAGAAACCGAUAUUUCUGCCAAAAGCAAAGCUCACGCUAGCGAUUGGGUGGCAACAAAGGACGGAGAAGGUCGAACGUAUUAUUACAACGAGAAGACCGAAGAAACAUUGUGGGAGCGGCCAGCUGGCUUCAAUCCUGAGAAUGAAAAUGACAAAGAUACAGGGGAAGCAGAUAAGAAAGACGCGGAUGUAAAGGAGGAAAAAGAAACCCAUACUGCUAAAGAAAGUGCAAACAAUCAAGAUUGGAGAGAACUCAAAGAUGAAGAAGGGACAAGUUAUUAUUAUAAUGAAAAAACAGAAGAAACAAGCUGGGAUCGCCCUGUUGGCUUCAAUCCUGAGAAUGAAAAUGACAAAGAAACAGGGGAAGUAGAUAAGAAAGAUGCGGUUGCUAAGGAGGAAAAUGAAACUACUACUGCUAGAGAAAGUGCAAACAAGCAAGACUGGGUAGAACUCAAAGAUGACGAAGGGAGGAGCUAUUAUUACAACGAAAAAACAGAAGAAACAAGCUGGGAUCGCCCCGCUACGUUCGCCACGAAAGACGAUGCAGUCGUUGAGAAAGAAGAAAAGGCAUCUGGCAUCACUAAAGCUAAAGCUGGUGGGGUUUGGACCACACUCCAAGACGACGAGGGACGAAACUAUUAUUUCAAUGAGGAAACAAAUGAAACAACAUGGGAUAAACCGGCUCAACUCGACAAUGACGACAGAGGAGAUACAGGCAUGUCACCAGUUCGUCCAAAAAGUCCCGGUAUGGACGAGGACGACGGAAUUCCUGUUACAGCUGGUAACUGGACACGAUACAAAGAUGACAGUGGGCGAUAUUACUAUUAUAAUUCGGAGACACAGCAAACUGUUUGGGACAAACCUUCUGACUUUGAUGAGUUAGUAAAAAAGUAUAGGACAACAGGAGACAGUGUUGACGGAGAUGAAGCGGACGGUGGGAUGAAGCUUUCUCCCGUAAGACCCCAAAGUCCCGAUGGUACAUCUCCAGUUCCGAUGGAGGAAGAGCCAGAAGAAGAAGAAGUAGAUCCUGCGGUGAAACGACUCGAGGAAGCAAAGCAAGCAUUAGCUCAAGUCGAUGCUAUCAUGGAAACCGGUAUGUACAACUCGAUCAGAAAUCAGAAAAUGGAAUAUGUUAUCAUCUGCUGCUUGCCGCUCACGUUCACUUAUUAAUGCGCACAAUUACCAAAAGGUAUAUUGACGGACCUCACUGAGGUCGUGAAGAGCGAUAUGGGAAAUCCAAAGAAUGCCAUUCAAGCAUUGAGUGAUAGUGCUCACGGGCAAACUGCUGUGUGUGGCCUUUUGAGUCGAUGGCUAACAGAUCUCAAGUCGCAGACGUCUGCUUCAUCCAGUACCACAGAUGACGCCGCUCAUGCCAAACGCUUUCAGAAAUCUGCAGAUGGUAUCCGAGAGAUGACACAAGAAGUUGUUAAUAGCAUUGUCAAGGAACGCUUUACACACAAGGGCGGUAACAAUAUUUUAGCUCUUUCCAAAUCAGAGGCCGCGUUUCUGGAGGAUAUGAUGGACUCAAAUCGAUGGAGAAAGCUCUUGAUUGAUUUAUCUGCAUCGAACAAAGACAGUGCAUUGCUGAUGUACUGUUUACAAUCUAUUUCGAAACGGGGACACCAUCGAGAAAUUGCCAGAAGGAUCAACCAGUCUGAGCAUUUUCCCGUCUUCAAUGCAAUGUUGGCAUCGGAACUAGCAGUGAUUGGUAAAAUAUCUGUUUCAUCAUGUCAUGAUCACGAUACAUCGAUCAGCCUCAACGAGUUGGUCGGUGACCUUCGUCGAAUUUGUACCUCUACGUCGUAUACCUGUAAGUAUGAGAAAACCGUGUUGUUGGGAAGACAGGUUUGAAAGAAUAUCGAUUUUUUGUCCAAUGCUCACGUUAUAUUUUCUUGUAGACUUAUAUGGUUUUGAAGUACUACGAUUUCAGAUCCAAAAGGCGAAAAAUGAUUCUUUAGCUAUGGAAGAAAGAGAUAGAUUGCUA